UCUCGCGGCGCACCUCGGGAAGGAGCCACGCCAUGCAGCUCCAGCUGACGCCGAUGCUGCUGCUGCUGCUGCUGCUGGCCGCCGGGCCGGCGCGGGGCGCUGCACCGGAGGUCAGCCUCACGCAGGGCAAGCUGGUCGGCCGGAUCGACAGCAGCGCCGCCGGCCAGCCCUUCCACUCAUUCCAGGGAAUCCCGUACGCCCUGCCGCCGGUCGGCGAGCUACGCUUCAAGCGCACAGCUCCUGCCGAGGGCUGGACGGGGACCCGGGACGCCACGGCUCCCGGCAACAUGUGUCCCCAGUUCUUCUUGGGCCAGUACCAGGGCGACGAAGACUGCCUCUUCCUCAACGUCUACACUCCUAAGCUCCCGAGUGAGGCGGAGCGGCCGCUGGACGUCAUGGUGUGGAUCCACGGCGGCGCCUUCCUCUUCGGCUCCGGCAACCCUGACCAGUACGGGCCCGGCUACUUCAUGGACGAGAACGUCGUUCUUGUCACGCUCAACUACCGGCUCGGGGCGCUUGGCUUCCUCAGCACCGACGACGACGAGGCCUGGGGCAACUACGGCCUGUACGACCAGAACAUGGCGCUGCUGUGGGUGCAGCAGAACAUCGCCGCGUUCGGCGGUGAUCCCAGCCGCGUCACCAUCUUCGGCGAGAGUGCCGGCGGUACCUCCGUCCACUACCAGAUCAUAUCGCCGCUCUCCCGCGGCCUGUUCGGCCGCGCCAUCUCGCAGUCGGCCACGGCACUGGUGUACUGGGCGAACGGGGUGGACCAGCGCCACGUGGCCGAGCGGCAGGCGGCGGUGCUCGACUGCCCUACCGACACAAGUCGCCAGCUGGUCGACUGUCUGCGCGCCAUCCCGGCCAAGGAGGUCAUCAUGUCGGGUGACAGGGCGUUCAAGCUCUGGUCCAUCUAUCCGGCCACAUUCACAUUCCGGCCGAACGUCGAGCCGGGCGUGGAGGGCGCCUUCCUGCCGGACGACCCGCGCGCGCUGCUCGACGCCGCCGACUUCAGCGCCGUGCCCUGGAUCGCCGGCGUCAAUCACGACGAGGGCGGCACGUUCGCCAACUUUCAUCUCCUGAAUGCCUCGGCGCUGGAAGAGCUGCGGAACAAGCCUGAUGAGAUGGGGCCGCUCUGGCUGGGGAUGCAGAACACAGCCAAGGAUCCGGCCGACAUCUACCGGCGAAUCAAGAACUUCUACUUUGGCGAUCAGGAGCCAGGCCUCACCACUGCGCAUCAAUUCAACAAAGUGGAGGGUGACCGAUACUUUCUGACGGGCGUGGACGCAGCCGUACGGGCCCACGCCCGGGCCAACCUGGCGCCCGUCUACAAGUACGUCAUCGAACAGGCGCCCAGUAUCGCGUUUCCAGGCAUGCUGGCCGGAUCUUUUGGCAACAAGGAGCUGCAGCACUUUCCCUGGGGCACGUGCCACUUCGACGAUAUCCGGUUCCUGUUCACGGGCGAACUGUUCCCGGAUGAUCCCACCGACAAGAAGUUUGCGCGAGCGCUGACCAACAUCUGGGCCAACUUCGCCAAGACGGGCCGGCCGACUACCAACCUGGUGGAUCUGCCAGAGUGGGAGCCGUACAGCGAGGCCCGCCAAAACCACAUGCGCCUCUCGCUGACGCCAGCCGUCGGCGCUGCCGCCUUCCAGGAGCGCGUUCAGUUCUGGCACGGCCUGGAGCUGGAGGAAGGCUGGAGGGCGCCGCGCACACUCCGCGUCCGGGAAGGGGGUGCCACCGGAGCGGCGCGCGACGAGCUCUAGGCGGCGCCAGUUCC